AUGGCUACGGAAUAUCCUGAGGCUAACAAGGUUGUCCAGUUUUUCAUGAUCAUUACUGAAAAUCGUCAACAAGGAGAGCUUAUGUUACCAAUAAAGUUUGUGAGGAAACAUGGACAAGGUUUACCAAAUGUUAUAUGUCUAAAGACUUCCAAUGGAGAAAACUGGAAAAUAAAUUUGGUGAUGAAUGAUGGCAAAAUAUGGUUUGGACAAGGUUGGAAGGAAUUUGCACAGUAUUAUUCUCUAGGUUAUGGCCAUCUUCUCGUUUUUAAAUAUCAAAGACUUUCCGAAUUUCAUGUUGACAUCUUUGAUACUACUAGAGUAGAGAUAGAGUACCCUCCUAAAAGAGUUGAAGCUGAAAAAGAAUGUAGAACAAGUAAGAAGAGAAAAGCUAACUCUUCCUUUGAAUUUGGAAGCACUAGUUGUGCCAAAAAUAGCAAAGUGCUUCCAAAUUCAAAGGAAGAGUUAGCUUUUCUCUUCUUACUUGUUCUACAUUCUUUUUCAGCUUCAACUCUUUUAGGAGGGUACUCUAUCUCUACUCUAGUAGUAUCAAAGAUGUCAACAUGA